UCUUUGUUAAGUCUUCUAUCGAUCGUUGUGGAAUAGAAAAGAUAGAUUUACAGUGCGUUUGCGCGUUCAAGAUAGACUCAAUUAGAUAAGAUAUAGACGGAUAUCUGGAAUUGGGUGCUUAGAGUCGAAUACACUAAGCUGGAAUCAAUUAAAGUUAAUUACAAAGCCAGAGUGGCAUUAGAAGGUUCAGUGCCAAGUGUACAGUGAGAAAAAUCAGCUCCAGUUUUCGUGUAUAGUUUUCCUAAGCAGUGAAAGUGCUUAUCAAAUCCUUUUGUUGUUCCCAAUGUAGUCCUAGUAGUGCGCAACACGUGCUUUGUGAAGUAUCGUGUUACAAGUGUAGAUGUAGUUGAGUCAACAUACUAAGAUAUUUAAAAAAAGAUAUAUUGAAAUUUCUUGAAUUUACAAAGUAAUUACUCGUCAAAAUAUUCAACUUCCAGUUUUAGUUUUCCGGUUAAGAUAAUUUAGUAAAAAUAUCGAAAACGAGGUUCUGUGUGCGACUCCAUUUGAAGUUUUUCAAUGGGUUGACACGCGAAACUUUUAUUCCUGAGCCCAGGAUUUAAGGGAAGACCAGAUUAAACAUCAUCAAAGCAGGCUACAGAACGUACUCAAAGGGAGCAGUUGGCAUAGCAGACUUGCAUUCCAUCGAGUAAACUUUCUAAAACAUCUGAGAAUCAAUUAACAACUGACCAUUUCUCAAAAAGAAAGUUUAGCUAAGAGAAAAGUCGUAAAUCUAAAAAUAAAAACGCCAGAAACAAAGAAAAAUCAAUUCCGAUGACCACUGAGGUCGAUAUACUCAAUAAGGUGGCGUUCCUAGCCGUUGAAUACACUCAACUGGCUAUCCUAGACGAAUUACUUGCAAUUGAAAUCUCCUCAUCUUGCUCGAGACUGCAUCACUUCAGCAAGAAAGUUCGUUCCUACGAAGUCCUAGCCGAUCUGAACUACAGCCUAGUAGUACGAUAACUAGUGAAUAGCAACAAAUUUAGGAUAAUUUUGUAACGGUUAAAUAACAACAACCUUAGCGAGAAUUGUUCUGUCGGUCCCAGACGUGGCAGAAGUUUGUGGAGUUAUAGCUACAGUUGGUAUCUGUAAAUAUCCUGUAAAGUUACAAUGGCAAGCGACGCGUUGAAAGUAGUUGGAGCCUCAUGGCUCAAAACCCGCAUCAGCUCCAUGAUCUUGUUGGGAGCUGGACUGUUGGCAAUUGGAGCGUUCUUCAUUGCCAACAUGGAUCGACCGCAUUUUGACGGAACAUAUUGCGCAACCGCGUAUUGGUCGAAGAAGUCGGGUUUUCGUAUUGAAUAUUGGAAGCAACGCAAUGAUCUCGAUAACAUUCCAUUGGGGGUUGGCAGAAUCUGCUACAAGGACUCAACAUUAGAGAAUGGAUGGUCCCAGCUAGAAGUAGAAACUCAAAGGAACUAUCCAGAUUGGGUCCAAGCCUAUGCCGCUGGUUUACUUGAAGGCACUUUGACCUGGAACAAAAUCUACAACCAGUGGUUAAACACGAUCUCUUCUUCCUGUGACCGCGACGAAAACUCUCAAAAUUUCUGUACUUGGCUCCGGGAUACUCUCUCUACCAACUAUGCGAAUAUCAAGAACAAUUUAGACUCAGCAAGAAAACAUGACCAUUUCUGGCACCAAAUCCAUAUGUUCUACUAUCAGCUCGAAGGACUCAAAGCGGGCUGGAAGAAAGGUGCGAGGAGAUCACGAUUUGACAGUGAAAUUCCGUCCGUUGACUUCCUUCUGAUGAAUGCAGCCGCUGACAUGUAUGAUCUGAAAAUUUAUUUCGAGAAUUUUGUCAUGAAGCCGAAAGAGGGUGAAGCCGCUACUGAAAAGAACUUCCUGAUUCCCAGUGCAACGAUGGUCGCCAAACUGACUGAGGAUGAGGAGAACGGAAAGACUUUGCUCAUGGGACACAGCUCCGUAGGAAGCUAUUCAGCAAUGCUACGAAUCUUCAAGCGUUACAAACUUCGCUUCCAUUUCACUGACGCGUCGAAAGGCAGCUUGGUCCCUGGAACGGAUAUUAUGUUUACAGGAUAUCCGGGCAUACUGGCUUCAACAGAUGAUUUCUACAACAUUCGCGGUCGUCAUGUGAACGCUAUCGUUGCUGGGGUUGGAAUCAAGAAUGAUAACCUGAAGCUCUGGAAGAACAUCACCUUGAAGUAUGCUGUUCCACUAGUUGCCAGGGUAAUGGCAGCUAAUCGUUUGGCACAGAGUCGGCGUAGUUGGGCUCGAAUCAUGUCCCGAUAUCCUUUCACAGGGAAUAAGCAAUGGGCCUUAGUUGAUUUGAAAAAGAUGGAUAUUUCUGACAUUCAAUCCAGCAAUGACUCCAGCAAGAUCCAAGUGAAGAUGGCCCACACCAUUCCUCAGAAAGGAUUCUUUUGGAUUGUCGAACAAUUGCCAGGGAGCCUGCAUGCAGAAGACAUGACUGAUAUUUUUUACAGUAACGAGAGUUUGUGGAGCGGUAAUGGAGUUCCUUACAUUGAGGACGUCCUAGAAGCAAGUGGCCUAACCAACGAUCACAACCUAAGUCGCAAGGCAGUUGCUUUCAACAUCACCGAUCUUAAUAGGGUCGACAAAUUUCUAAGACUGAAUUCAUUCAGAGGCGAUCUUCAGGGCGACCAGGCGAUCCCUUUCGGCAAUAUCGACCUAAAGAUGUUUUCGUAUGGAGCGAGGAUUGGAAAUAGCGACUUCCACGCGAUUGCCGGACCAAUUCAUAUUGAACAUCACCACCGGGUUGAGCCAGUUACAACCACUGAAAGUACUAAUGAAGUCGACGUCUCUGCGGAAGCUAUAGCUUUGGAUGAGAGUAGGAAAGCGGAUAUUGAGAUCUAUACGGACCGGAGGUUAGUUCGUGAUGACAUACGUGCCUUGGCGUUACAACGGGCCCAAGGACCAUUCAAAUGGUCACAGGCUCAUGGUAGUGUUGUUGAAAUUAAACAUUACGGACAUCCAGACUCGUGGAAUUUUAAUAGCUAUUCACCAAGAUGGGCAUGGCAUAAUUGAGUCCUCAAUUUUGUUCUGUUUUUUAUCAAAUUCAUUUUUGAAGUUCAAUUUAGAAAGGAAAGAAAUAGUUUUCGAUAAUUUUUGUGUAACAAUCUAAGUAAUGGAAACAGUUUUUACAGCGACGUUUUUUAUACUUAACACUUUUGAAAAAUAUUCCAAUAAAGAGAGAUUUCAAUAUACAAA